ACUUCUGGGAAAAGAGCCAGUAAAAGUUUUCCAUAUGCACAAUGAGGUUGUGCUUCAUUUUAGCGAUUUGCGUGCUCACUGUCAACGCCCUGCCCAUCGAUGAUGACCUGAGGCGGGAAACUGGUGUAAAUGGAUGGUAUGUACCACAAUGGGAUGGCAGUCUCAAGUGGAUAGGAAUGGCGGAAGCCGAAGCUCAAAUGGCUUACUAUGAGGAUUUGGAAAAACAUGAGAGCCAGAGUCGUUUAUCGACAAACACGGUUAAAUUCUAUUUGUACACGCGUCAAAAUCCAACCCAAGGACAAUUGAUCAAGGCCACCAAGGAUUCAAUUGAUGCUUCCUACUUCAAUCCCAAUAAUCCCACAAGAUUCACCAUCCACGGUUGGAACUCCAACUAUAAAGAUGGUGUAAAUACUGGAGUGGCUUCCGCCUGGUUCUCAUAUGGCGAUUACAAUAUGAUCGCCGUGGACUGGUCUCGAGGACGCUCCUUGGAAUAUGCCACGUCAGUUGCUGCAGUCAGUGGUGCUGGCAAAAAGAUAGCUGACCUAAUUGAUUAUCUUGUUAAAAAUUAUCAAAUGUCAUUGGACGAGCUUGAGGUAGUUGGAUUCAGUUUGGGAGCCCAUGUAGCAGGUUACACGGCCAAGCAAGUGACCACCGGUCAAGUGCGCAAGGUAGUGGGUCUAGAUCCGGCCAGUCCACUUAUUAGUUACAGUAAGCCAGCCAAGCGUCUGUCCAGCGACGAUGCCUUUUAUGUCGAAACCAUCCAAACCAAUGGUGGCACAUUGGGAUUCACCAAUCCCAUCGGCAAGGCGUCUUUUUAUCCCAAUGGCGGCAAAUCGCAGCCUGGCUGCGGAAUAGAUAUAACAGGUAGCUGUUCCCACACUCGCGCAGUAACAUAUUAUAUUGAGUGCUUAUUAAACGACAAUUACGCUUCCGUAAAAUGCCCAACACAUACGGAUGCCAAUAAGAAGAAUUGCGGAAGCACCUACAGUUCCGUACGUAUGGGCUCAUUAGCGAAUGAGGUUUCAGCCGAAGGUCCCUACUACGUUCCUUUGAAUAGUGUAUCCCCCUAUGGCAUGGGCGAAGAGAUUUCCCCAACACCAGCCCCAACAACUACAACUGCACAAGAACCAGUGACUACUUUAAAGCCUGAAGUUCCCGAAGAAACAACCGCUGCUCCGGAAGAAAACGAAACAUCGAAGGCUCCGGAAGAGAAUGAAACAUCUGCUGCCCCUGAAGUUCCCGAAGAAACAACCGCUGCUCCGGAAGAAAACGAAACAUCGAAGGCUCCGGAAGAGAAUGAAACAUCUGCUGCCCCUGAAGUUCCCGAAGAAACAACCGCUGCUCCGGAAGAAAACGAAACAUCGAAGGCUCCGGAAGAGAAUGAAACAUCUGCUGCCCCUGAAGUUCCCGAAGAAACAACCGCUGCUCCCGAGGACAACGAGACAACUGCUGCUCCGGAAGACAACGAGACAACCGCUGCUCCCGAGGACAACGAAACAACCGCUGCUCCUGAAGACAACGAGACCACCGAUGCUCCCGAGGACAACGAGACAACCGCUGCUCCCGAGGACAACGAAACAACCGCUGCUCCGGAAGACAACGAAACAACAGCUGCUCCCGAGGACAACGAGACAACCGCUGCUCCCGAGGACAACGAAACAACCGCUGCUCCUGAAGACAACGAGACAACCGAUGCUCCGGAAGACAACGAGACAACCGCUGCUCCCGAGGACAACGAAACAACCGCUGCUCCGGAAGACAACGAGACAACCGAUGCUCCCGAGGACAACGAGACAACCGCUGCUCCUGAAGACAACGAGACAACCGAUUCUUCCGAGGACAACGAGACAACCGCUGCUCCCGAGGACAACGAGACAACCGCUGCUCCCGAGGACAACGAAACAACCGCUGCUCCUGAAGACAACGAGACAACCGAUGCUCCGGAAGACAACGAGACAACCGCUGCUCCCGAGGACAACGAAACAACCGCUGCUCCGGAAGACAACGAAACAACCGCUGCUCCCGAGGACAACGAGACAACCGCUGCUCCCGAGGACAACGAAACAACCGCUGCUCCUGAAGACAACGAGACAACCGAUGCUCCGGAAGACAACGAGACAACCGCUGCUCCCGAGGACAACGAAACAACCGCUGCUCCGGAAGACAACGAGACAACCGAUGCUCCCGAGGACAACGAGACAACCGCUGCUCCUGAAGACAACGAGACAACCGAUUCUUCCGAGGACAACGAGACAACCGCUGCUCCCGAGGACAACGAGACAACCGCUGCUCCCGAGGACAACGAAACAACCGCUGCUCCUGAAGACAACGAGACAACCGAUGCUCCGGAAGACAACGAGACAACCGCUGCUCCGGAAGACAACGAAACAACAGCUGCUCCCGAGGACAACGAAACAUCAGAAGAUCCUGAAGACAAUAAAACUACCUCCGCUCCGGAAGAGAUCGAAACAACAAGUACCACCGAAGAUGGAGGUUGGGGGACACCCAUAACUGUCCCGCCCCAUGACGAUGACGAUAAAAAGGGGCAGUCGAAGAACAUUUACAUCCUUAACUUAAUCUUCAUGAAUGUUAACGUGAAUGGAGUUUCCAAGCUUGUGAAUGGCAAUUAAGCCGUACAGGCAUGGCUUGCAUAGCAGGGACUAGCUGGCGCCUUUGAAAAUUUGCAAUAAAGCUGAACUAAUAUUGAA